AUAAGAGGCCGAGGCUCCAGCUGCAGCAAAGAGACAGACAGACGGACAUACUGAGCAUCAGACCAGAGGACCUGUGGACUGAAAUCCACCUCCAGGUACCCACGGCACAGUGAAACCAUCAAGGAGAAGAAUGGGACUGCUCAGUGUUGAAGAACUGGUGACUGGUAAGAGGUCAGAGGGCAUAGAGGCAGAUGACUUUCAGGGGGGCGUGUAUGAGGCGGCCGUCAAUCAGGAGAAGAGGGAUGACCGCAGAUCCCAGAGGGAGCUGGGGGUCGGUGGGCGUCUGUCGGAGGAGAGUGACAGCGGCAGCGAACAGGAGGAUGUCAGCGUGGCAGCUCUCAAUACGGAUAGGAGCGGCAGACUGAAGCUGGAGACGGUGGACGACCUGUUCAACAUCCUGCAGCUGAGGAAGAAACGGAGAGAGAGGAAGAGCCCGGUCCUGAAGAAAGAUGAGCCAGAGCCUGAGACUGUGCCGGAGACGGUGGAUGAGGAGCUGUUCCUCACAGCAGCCAUGGAGAACAAACUGGCUGUGGUGGAGAAGUAUCUGUCUGACGGAGGAAGCCCCGAUGCAAGCGAUAAUUUCCAGAGAACAGCUCUGCACAAAGCUUCUUUCAAAGGACACGUGGACGUCAUGCAAAGACUUCUGGAGGCCGGAGCGGCUAUCGAGAAAAAAGACAAGCUGGAGGCCACAGCCGUCCACUGGGCCUGCAGGGGAGGCAGCCUGCCGGCCUUGCAGCUCCUCUUGGAUCGAGGAGCCAAGUUCACCUCCAGAGACAAGCUGCACAGCACUCCUCUGCACGUGGCUGUGAGGACAGGACACUGCGAUUGUGCCGAGCACCUCAUUCACUGUGGAGCAGACCUGAACGCCAAAGACAGAGACGGAGACACACCCAUGCACGAUGCUGUGAGAAUAAACCGAUUCAAGAUGAUCAAGCUGUUGAUGAUGUACGGGGCCAGUCUCAACACAAAGAACUCUGACGGGAAAACUCCAAUGGAGACAUUGUAUUCAUGGCAGAAUGGAGCCAAGAGCCUCCUGUGCAACUUCAGCGAGGAGAAGCUGGAUCAGUAGAAGCCAACAGAGUUCAGUAAAAACAGGAAGUCAAACUGAAAAUCAGCCACAGGAUCUCACAGGAUCCAUCAAGUGCAUGCUGCAGUUUAUCGCGAGACCUGCUGAGGUUUUGUUCCCUCUUGUUAUAAAAAUGUAUCUUAUGUACGGUCACCAUGGAGACCAGAGUAAAGGAGCGUUUGAUCGACAAUGUGAAUUCUAAUCAGGAUGAUGUCAUUAUUAGCGCUGAUAGAUUCACUGAUUGCCAAAUAUUGCUGGACAAUGUCUUGGACGACAGUACGUGCUUUUUCCUUCUUUUUUUUUUACUUAAAGCUGAGUUAAAGUCAGCGAGAAGGUGAAUUAUUUAUUAAUGACAGUUCAGUGUCAGGUUCAUUAGCUUUGAUUGUUUGAUUCAAUACAUUUAACAACUGAGUGACUGAGUUAUGUUGCAGUUGGUUUAUUGAUUUUAAUGGUCAGAGUAACUAAUUAUAUGUUGUGAAUCUAUUAGGAAGCAACAAAUAUAACUUGACUGUUUUAGGUUUUGCAAAUGUGCAGUAUUUGGCCAUCUUGUAGUUCAGCUGGAUGAGCUGUGUGCAGAUUUAAGGUGAAGCACGCAUCGUAUAAAAACACUGCAGCUCAGUGAGCAUCAUCUUUUCUACGAUGGUGUGUCUCACAGGUUCUUUGGUCUCAUGUGUUUGCAGAUGAGAGAUGAGGCAGAAUAAAGUGAGCUUUGGUCAGGUUGAUGAAGAGCUCUCCACUUACAUUUGAUUUCUGUUGAACUCGGUCGUCUUUAUGUGGUUUUAAACGUGGAUGUGGCCACUGUGCAGUGUCCAGCGGUUUGUGAAUGACCACUUCAAACUCCCGGCUAAAGUUUUGGCCUUGCACACUUUGGGUUUUGAAAGCACUAAAGCGUAUCCUUCUUUGUUUAAUAUGCUUUAAAUGGGACCAUAGUUCCAAAAUGAACGUCGUGUUGUAUUCCCUGCGAAGUGAAGCCAGAAACUCAUCACUGAGGUAAUAAAUCAGCUGACUUCUAUACACGGCAAAGGAGUCGCACCCCACUAGCCAUUAAAAUACAGUUUAAGGGACACUGACAUAUGUUUAGCUCAUUUCAUGUUCUGAUUUUUCCUGUUAUUUUUCUUUUUUUAUAGAAAAGUUUUGUUUGGGGUUUAAAAAAGGUAAUGUUUUAGACUUUGGUCCCUUUUCUGAUUUCAAUUGGUUUCUUUUAUUUCUUAAAAAAAAUAUACAAAUGUGAGAGAGAAGCAGUCACUGUUGGUUAAGAGGAAGUUUUUUUGUUUGUGUUUAAAGAUGAAAUUAACUUUUUUUUCUCUGUGGUUUGAUGUAAUGAAUAAAAAAACUGAUUUUGAAUGUAAUUAGCUGUUUAUUGAAGGAUGCAGUAAAUAUAACCUGUGCAUUACUUUAACAGGCUGCAUGUCCAUACAGGUGUAUAUGUAUAAAAAUAGCUGUUUACAUUUGAUAAUAAAAUGUAUUUAUUUAAUAAAA